AAAACCAGCUGCCAUCCUCCAGGGGGCGCUCCAACUGUUACUGACGUCACGUUUGUCUGAACGUUCAAAGAGGGAAGAGAAAAAGGUGUUUUUGGGGGCACAUCAAGACAGAGUUCUGACUAUUGUAGAAAACAUGACAGAAACUAAAGUUGAGGUCGAAUCUCCUGCGGACCCGAGAACCUUCUGUAACCCGCCGCAGGACAACAGGCAGAAAUUAGACCCCAUGGGGACUCGCCGAGAGCUGGAAGAGUCGCUGCUUCUGCUGGCCGACGUUGCUCUGGCGCCACCUUGUGGCAGAGAUGCGUCCUGCAGCUGCUUAGAGGUCAGGCAGGCAGGGUUGGGCCUCCAGUGCAGCCAGCAGCAGCUGCAGGGCUUCCUGAAGAAGGUGGAGCACCUGCGUGACUGCCUCGUGAGCAGAAACAGUCACCUGGAGAAACAAGCGCUCGCCGCCGCCGUCACAACCCUCCUCUACACGUGUCAGCCUUUCUUCAGGCGCCUGGAAUCAACGGCUCGGAGCCCCACCUCCAAACCGUCUCACCUGAGUGCCGAGCUGCUGGACUUCUCUCAGCAGCUCUGCGAGCGUCUGGAGCAGCUGCUGCUGACCUACGCCAGAUACGGGAUUCUGUCCGUGGACGAGGCCGAGCCCAACAGCGUGUCACACUUCUGCAUCGGUCGCUGUCGGCUCGGACGCCUCAAGAUGACCAUUUUCCGUUACUGCAAGCCCACGCCGUACCUGUCCCGGGGCGACACCGGGCUGUACAAACGCAUGCGCUGGAACGUGGAGCGUCUCCCGGCGGAUGCGGACGGAGACGAGGAGGAGGGGGAGAGCGACCGGCACACGGACUACUUCUUCCUCUGCUGCGAAGACCUUCCCAACCAGAGCGACCAGGGCGCGCUGAGGGUGUGGUCCAUCGGCCAGUGGGUGCAGCUGGAUCCCGACCCCCAAACGGACGACCUCUACGACUGGAUCUUGUGCGACGUUCCUGGAGGCGACUUCCAGAAGCUUCUGUGUUUGGGCUGCACGGAACCGUCCAGCUGCAGCGCCACGGACGUCCUGCUGCAGCUGCUGCUGCAGCAGCGCCGCUCAGAGUAAACCAGCAGACUGAGCGCGUGCAGAAGAGGAGGAAGCCGGACUGAUGUCGGCUCGGCGUUCGUGGGUUUUACCGUUUUCAGAUUUGCUGAUUAACUUUGCAUGUUUUAAAAAAGAUAAGUGUUGUUUUUUACGAGUUUUAUAUUUGUCUUAAAUACAAAAAGUUGUUCAGAGUUUGUUAAAAACAGAAGUCGUGUUAUUAAAAAAGGUAUUUUAUUAACUCAAAA